UGCUGUCGUACAUAACCAGAGUACCAAUUAAGUAGUGAAGCAGCAUGGACAGUUUACCAGAUAUUUGCAAUCUUGGCCACGUGAUCGAGCCCCACCUUUCCGGAGGAAGCCUUCGCAGCUACCAAACCAACAGUCUGACGCAACCGGGCGACAAUUACGGCAGCGUUCUGCUAUCAAUACGCGCUCAGGUGCUUCGCCCAGAUGGAGAGCUUUAUGAAGAGAAUCUGGUGGCCAAAGUCCCACCUACAGAUCCAAAAUUCUGGCAAUUCAUUCAGCCGGAAAGGACUUGUCUCACUGAAAAUGCAGUAUAUAAAAUACUGGCGCCUGCCUUAGCCACACUACAGGAGGAGGCGGGAAUCCCGCAGGCUGCCAACUUUGACGGAUUCGCGCGAUACUACGGCUCACGGACAUCGCUUGAUCCGAGCUGCCAGCUGGUGGACAAGCAUGCCAUAUUGGUAUUGGAAAAUUUGCGAAGCAGCCACUACGUCCCAGGCCAGAGGCUGCAGCCCUACGAUCUAUCUCACACAUUGAUGGCGCUUACAUACAUGGCCCAGUUUCAUGCGCUUCCUCUUGCAUUGCGGCUACUGAAGCCACAUUUAUUCCAGGAGCAGAUUAAACCUUUCUUCGACAAAUUCGAUUGGCAUGCGGCGGCGCCAGAGUCGAAGGCCAUAAUGAAAGCGGAGACACUAGAAGACAUACGAAAAGCGACCAACAAUAACGAGGAGUUGAUAUCCCGCGUUAAGCAAUUGUCAGACGAGUUCUUCGACUUCCUUGCAGCUCCCUCAAACAUGCCGGAUGGACAAUUCACUAGUAUAAUCCACUCGGACUUCUGGAUUAACAAUCUGAUGUUCCAAUACGGCCCCUCUGGCACGCCCACUCACUUGAAAAUAAUCGACUUUCAAACAGCACAAUACGAUUCCGUUGUGCAUGACAUAAUCUCGUUUCUGUUAUCAAGCGUUGAUAUGCCUAUCUUGGAGCUACACUUCGAACACAUGUUGGAGGUCUACUACAAGGAAUUUAUAAGCUGUCUGGAUCGAGUGGGGGCAGAGGUAUCAGGAUACAGCUACGAAGCAUUUCGGGCGGAGGUGAAACGUGUUGCUUACAUCCAGGUGCCCCAUGCCAUAUUCAUGACGCGAUUUAUCCUAGCCGAGAAUGUGAAUAUGACCACCGAGCAAAAAGAACACCAUCAGCUGGCCGAACUUCUGAAGAACACGGGCUCGGAGCGCAUAUGUCACAGACUGAACCAAAUUCUAAGCAUAGCACAGCAGCUCGAUAUAUUGUACUAGACUAAUCAAUGAUGCUCCCUC